CACGUGGGAAGCCUGUCACACGCGUUAACUGCGCAUGUGUUUCCACUAUCUACCCGCCGGCGGGACAGCCUGUGUUGCAAAACAACCCCGUUAGUAUAACUAUCCGCUCAACAGUUGAGGCCAAACGACGUUACGUUUGGUUAGGUGGGAGCUUCGUAAGUAAUCUGAAAUGGCGACGGCAAUAUAUUUGGAACAUUAUCUAGACAGUAUUGAGAAUCUUCCAUGUGAACUUCAGAGAAACUUCACCUUGAUGCGCGACUUGGACAACAGGACGGAAGAAAAGAAGGUAGAGAUUGAUAAGCUGGCCGAGGAGUACAUUGCCAACGUGAAGAACCUGGCGUCAGAGCAGCGAGUGGAACACCUACAGAAGAUCCAGAGUGCAUACAGCAAGUGCAAAGAGUUCAGUGAUGACAAAGUGCAGCUUGCCAUGCAGACCUACGAGAUGGUGGACAAACACAUCCGCAGACUGGAUGCAGACCUGGCACGCUUUGAGAACGAGCUGAAGGAGAAACUGGAAGUGAGCGGCUAUGCUAGCCCCGAAGGAAUAGCACUCAAAAAGACGGAGUCCCGCGGCCCUCGAGAGAAGCGCAGUUCCAGGGGAAGAGGAAGGAAAGGCUCAGAUGAAGACUCUCCAAAAAAGAAAAAGAUGAAAAACAGCCCAGACUUGAGCGAAACCAUCUUGCCCAUGCAGCCGUCAGACGUGUUGGACAUGCCAGUGGAUCCCAAUGAGCCCACAUACUGCCUGUGUCAUCAGGUGUCCUACGGCGAGAUGAUCGGCUGCGAUAACCCCGACUGUCCCAUUGAGUGGUUUCACUUUGCCUGCGUCGACCUCGCCACAAAGCCCAAAGGAAAAUGGUUUUGUCCACGAUGCACUCAAGACAAGAAGAAAAAAUAAGCAACUCAUUCUGUAUACAUAGCUGCACACCAUAGAAGUGGUGACUCAUUAAGCUUGUUUAAAAAGGCCCCAUGUGGAUUGUUGAGCACCAACACGCUUAAUUGUACAGCUUACAAAUUCACUCGUGUACAACUCAUAAUCCUGCAUUGCGGCUUUAGGAUACUUGAAAGUGUCGAUUUCAUAAGACUUUAUAAGUUGCUGUUUUUUUUUAAGCUGUAAAAGCCUGCUGAGAAAUGAAGCAUUUUAGACGUCCGUAAAAAAAAGAGAUUUUUAUGUUACCUACCUCCAGCACUAAUGUAAACAAAAUUGGAUAAACCAAACAAAUCUUUUUGUCUUUUUAACCAAAAAAAAAACUGACCUUUUUGAAUGUAUUGUGGUACUCGUGGUCAACUAAAAGCACUUUUUAAUAAUGAAUUUUACCUUUUAUUCAAAAGUUUGACACUGCAAAGUUGGUUUCCAUAUUAAUAUCAAACUAUGCCAUAUUUUGUAUGGACUUCUCACACAUGAACAUUUAUGUAAUUGGCUUCUCCCAUAAUCGACUGUGAACGUAAGUCAUGUAAGCCACAGACAAAGAGCCAAAGUUAAAGUAUUUUGUAUAUUCAAUAUUUGAUAUCAAAUAAAUAUAAUCUAUUAUUCA